AUGGAAGCGUUAUUGGAAAGUCUGGUAAAAAUUCUGAAUUCUCCCAUAAUCCAAGAGGAGCUUAGAUUGCUUUGUGGUAUUGAAACAGAGAUACAAAAGCUUUCAAGCUUGCUAUCAACAACCAAAGCAGUGAUUGAAGAUGCCGAGCAGAAGCAGUUUACUGACAAGGCAAUUCAACUUUGGCUGCAGAAGCUCAAUCUUAUUGCUUAUGAAGUCGAUGACAUAUUAGAUGAUUAUGCAACCGAAGUCUCGAGAGAACCGAAGUGCAACAACAUAUGUUGCAAUGUAUUCCAUUGUCUUCCAGCAACAUCAAACAUAUGGUUUCGGCACAGGCUUGGAGCAAGGAUGAAGAAAAUCAUUGGAAAAUUUGAUGCAGUUGCUGAUGAGAGAAUAAAGCUUGGAUUAAGUGAUCAAAAGCGUGGGAGCAACCACUUUCUGGUUGAUUCCACUGCAACACGUGAGACUGGUUCCUUGCUAAAUGAACCUGAACAAGUCAUUGGAAGGGACGAGGAAAAAGAUAAGAUUGUAGGAAUAUUGGUGAAUCAAGUUAGCAAUAACCAAAAUGUAUCGGUACUCCCUAUAGUGGGUGUUGGAGGCCUUGGAAAGACAACACUUGCACAAUUGGUCUUCCAUGAUAAGCGCGUAAUUGAGCAUUUUGAGCUAAAACUCUGGGUUUGGGUUUCAGAGGAUUUUGAUGUGAAGAGGAUAAUAAAAGCCUUAAUUGAGUCUGCAAAAGGGACUUCUGCUGAAGCCCUAGGCUUGGAUCCUCUCCAAAGAAAUCUUCAAGAGCUGUUGAGAGGGAAAAGAUACUUGGUUGUACUGGAUGAUGUCUGGAAUGAGAAUCGAGAGGAAUGGGAGAACCUGAAAUCUGUUCUGGAAUGUGGAUCAAGAGGUAGUUUUAUUGUCACGACAACUCGUAUGGAGAAGGUUGCCACAAUAAUGGGCACAUUACAGACACAUUAUCUGUCGAGCUUGUCAGACAAUCAGUGUUGGUCACUGUUUAGGCAACGGGCAUUUGGUCGUCACGAGGCAGAAGAAUUUCCUAACCUUAUAGCCAUUGGAAAAGAGAUUGUGCAAAAAUGUGGUGGUGUUCCACUGGCUGCAAAAGCUCUUGGAGGCUUUCUACGAUUUAAGAGAGAAGAAACCGAAUGGAACUUUUUGAAAUGCAGUGAAAUUUGGAACUUACCUCAAGAAACAACACAUAUCUUGCCUGCGUUGAGAUUGAGCUACCUUAAUCUUCCGGUAGAGUUGAGAGGUUGCUUUGCAUAUUGUGCAGUAUUUCCCAAGGGCUCUGAAAUUAAAAAGGAAGAGGUAAUACAUUUGUGGAUGGCAAAUGGAUUAAUUUCAUCUAAUGGAAUGAUGGAAGUGGAAGAUGUUGGUGAUGCUGUGCUGGCUGAACUUCAUUACAGAUCAUUGUUCCAAGACGUGAUGAAAGAUAAGUUUGGCCGUGUUCUCACUUUUAAGAUGCAUGACCUUGUCCAUGAUCUGGCUCAAUCCAAAUUGAGACACCACGUUUAUGAUUUGAUGGCGGCUGCUAGUUGCCAUCAUCAUCAACGUGUUCAUAAGGCCGGUGGAAUAAACGCGGAGGAGGCCAACACUAAAGAACAGAGGAAUGAGAUAGAGUUGAAAAACAUGCAACAGCUAACAAUGGCUUUUCCUAUUACAAGCACAGGCAUUGACCAGUUUUCUGCUUUCUUGUCAAAAUGUGGUUCCUUGAGGGCGCUCAUUGUAAGGUCAAUGUGGUUGGAAGGACACUUUACGAAGUUGCCACCUGCAGUAAGCAACCUGAAACAUUUAAGGCAUCUAAAUCUUUCAGGAUCUGACAUUGUUGAACUACCCAAUUCAAUUUGUGACUUGUGGAAUUUGCAAAUUUUAAACCUAAAUGAUUGUGUUAAACUUCAAAGUCUACCCAAAGGCAUGAGGUUCCUCAGAAAUCUUAGACAUCUUUGUCUACAGGACUGCUGGAGAUUGACUCGCAUGCCAAGUGGAAUUGGGAGGUUGACUUGCCUUCGUACGUUGAGUAUGGUCGUCCUGGGUGGCAAAAAAGGCUUCCGACCAAGUGAGUUGCGAGACUUAAAUAUACUUAGAAGAGAGCUAUCAAUUAAGCAGCUUGAGAGGAUUGAAGACAAAAAGGAUGCAGAGGAAGCUUGCUUAAUUAAAAAACAGAGUCUCUGCGAGUUGUAUUUGGAAUGGGAUUCCGAAAGAAUGUUUCAACAAUACAACGAUGAGGAAUUGCUCGAAGCCCUGAAACCCUGCCCCAACCUUCAAUUUCUAAAUAUAGAAGGCUUCAAAGGUUCAUCAUUUCCAUCUUGGAUUUCAACUGUAACAAAUGUUCAUGUGUAUGACAGUGCAGCGGAGUACAUAGUUGGGGCCUAG